CUCAACAUAUCGCACACACGCGUCUCUAACAACCCAACAAAAACCGCCAACUCUAAAAUCCUUAAAAUGGCUUUCUUCAAAUCUCUGAUCUGCCUGGCUGUCGUUAGCGUUGCAGCCGCCGGUGUCCUCCAUAGCGGCCCCGGUCUCUAUGCCGCCGCUCCUGCUCUGGGUUAUGCUGGCCAUGGACAUCCUGAUGAGGGUCUGGAUUAUCAUGCCUAUCCCAAGUAUCACUACAACUAUGGUGUCGCUGACUCCCAUACCGGUGAUGUGAAGUCGCAGCAUGAGGUGCGUGAUGGUGAUGUUGUCAAGGGCUCGUACUCUCUGGUGGAGCCUGAUGGUUCCGUGCGCACCGUGGAGUACACCGCCGACGAUCACAAUGGCUUCAACGCAGUCGUUCACAAAAGUGCACCCACUGUCCAUGCUGCGCCCGCUAUCCACGCUGCCCCACUGGUUGCCCACGCUCCUGCCAUCGCUAGCCAUGUGUCUGCCGCUCCAGCUGUGGCCUAUGGUGGCUCUGUGGCGCAUCAAUACGCCGCUGUGCCCGCUUACGGCUAUGCCACCCACAAUGCACAUGCGCAUGUCUCCCACUACUAAGCGAUCUACUUGGAACAACAAUCUACCGCCCCACCUGCCCGCAACCCAUACGUCACGCCCAUACUUUCAUAUUUAUUAAACACACGCUGACACGGCCAACCCAUUGUAAAUUAGCUUCCAGCAUCACCUGCUCAAUACUCAAGUCACUCUGUAGAUAACUGCGAAACCAUCCGAUUGCAUCCCUCUUGUUCGUCUCUGUCUCACGCAUACACCCAUACACACUCACAUACCACGAGCCACGCCAUUGCAUAAACGAAAGAUGAUCAUGAAGUCGAAGAUGAUGAUGAACAGAAGAACUCCGCAUGGAAUAUACAUACACAAAUAUAAAUUGG